AUGCAAAAGGUAAUGAGCAGCCGAAGCACACUGGGGAUGAUACGGAUCCUGAUAUACAAGCCUUCAUUAGAGCCAUUUCUACUCCCCGAAGUAGCAGAAAUUAUUCAAGAGAGCCAGCUCCGCCGCAAAGGACAAACGCAGGGAAAAUCGCCGCUCAUCGAUUUUCAGACCAGACUCCCCAGAGAGGUCCUUUACAUGAUCCUGGACUAUAUGGAUUAUAGCUUUCUCCCAAUCCUUCAGUCAAUGUUCCAAUCACCCUUUCUAGAUCCAUACUGGCGUCGGCGAGCCAGGCCUUUCCUCACAGAGUUCGAAGACAUCCGUGAUCGAGACCUUGAUUGGCAGUUCUUGUGCUUGAAGAUUGAAAAGCUUGACGCCGUGGACGACGCUUUCCACUCACGAAAGCGUGUCGUUGGCAUUCUAGAGGAAAUCAAGACGGGUAUUCUGAAGAAACUCGAAGAGGGGGACGAGCAGGACGUGAUGACAUAUUUCGAAAGCGUGUUCGACUUUUAUGAGCUGGAAAGAACCGACGUGCGCAACGGAGGUGAUAAUGGCAGAGGGUCGUAG